AUGGAGUCCAAAAUCGCGUUCGUGCCCAGUCAGCACAGCUUCGCGAGCGUGCCGCGUCGUCUGCUCGGCCAGCUUCCGCGGAUCGGCGCGGGCGAGCCCGUGGCGCUACGCCUUUGCUGGACGAGCGGCGGCGAGCGACGUGAGGCAGUCGUGGGCUGGGGCGGUGGCGUGGCGGCUGGCGACGCCCUGGAGCUGCCGUCCGCCCUUGCUGAAGCGCUGGGUUUGAGCUCGGCGCGCGCGGUGCACGUCUCUCACGCGAGCAGCCUGCCUCUGGCCGUCCGCGCAACGCUCGCGCCCGAGUCGCCAGAGGACUGGGCGCUUGUGAGCGGCGGCGCGGCGCGGCUCGAGGAGACGGCGCUCACGCAGCUGAACGUGCUGACGGCUGGCACGCGCGUGCCCCUCUGGCUCGAUGGCGCGGCUUGCGCCUGGCUCCGCGUCUCCGAGCUCCACGCCGCCGACGGGCCGGUGGCGGCCGCGAGGCUGGCGAGCGGCUCCGAACUGCACAUCGCUCCUCCGGCGACUUAG